AUGGUAGAAGAUGGACGUCAUCAAAACUUAAUCUCUUGGAAUCCAACUGGUACAUCAUUUUUCGUAUAUAACGCACCACAAUUUGCACAAGAAGUUUUACCCGAGUAUUUCAAGCAUAGUAACUUUUCUAGCUUUGUUCGUCUAUUAAACAUGUAUGGAUUUCACAAGAUUAAUAAAUCUCCUCGAGGACAAAGAGGCCAUAACGAGAAUGAAAUAUGGGAGUUCUCUCACCCAAAAUUUCAACACGGUCGAGCUGACCUUUUAAAAAGUAUCAAGCGAAAAGCCAUGGAUUCCGAACUGCUGAGACGAGAAACAGGAGAUAUACAAGCUUCAUUUGCAUCACUUCAAAUGUCACAGGCAGACUUGUUGCGGCAGUUCAAUACACUGCAGGAAAGUUUCACCAAUAUUCUGCAAAGUUUUGAAGAAACCAAAAAAGUUCAGCAGCAGCAAGAUAUAAUGAUACGCCAACUUGCAGAAAGACAAGGUUUAUCCCCUGAUGAAUUGAUCAAAGGUAAUUAUAUACUCUUGUCGAAUGAUAUACAUACUAAAAGAUGA